GUCUCUUCUUCCUCCAGCGCUGCUGCGGGAGGAGGUGGCCCAGCUGCAGGAGGAGGUCCACCUGCUCCGGCAAAUGAAGGAAAUGCUGGCCAAGGACCUGGAGGAGACUCACGGCAGCAAGUCCCCGGAGGUGCUCUCGGCCACCGAGCUGAAGGUGCAGCUGGCGCAGAAGGAGCAGGAGCUGGCGCGUGCCAAGGAGGCUCUGCAGGCCAUGAAAGCCGACCGCAAGCGCUUGAAGGGGGAGAAGACAGACCUGGUGAGCCAGAUGCAGCAGCUGUACGCCACGCUGGAGAGCCGAGAGGAGCAGCUCCGGGACUUCAUCCGCAACUACGAACAGCACAGGAAAGAGAGCGAGGACGCGGUGAAAGCCCUGGCCAAGGAGAAGGACCUCCUGGAGCGGGAGAAGUGGGAGCUGCGGCGGCAGGCCAAGGAAGCCACGGACCACGCCAGCGCCCUCCGCUCCCAGCUCGACCUGAAGGACAACCGCAUGAAGGAGCUGGAGGCCGAGCUGGCCAUGGCCAAGCAGUCCCUGGCUACGCUGACCAAGGACGUUCCCAAGCGCCAUUCCCUGGCCAUGCCGGGCGAGACGGUGCUGAACGGCAACCAGGAGUGGGUGAUGCAGGCUGACCUCCCGCUGACCGCCGCCAUCCGGCAGAGCCAGCAGACCCUCUACCACUCCCACCCCCAGCACUCUGCGGACCGGCAAGCGGUCAGAGUGAGCCCCUGUCAUUCCCGGCAGCCGUCCAUCAUCUCCGACGCCUCCGCGGCCGAGGGCGACCGCUCGUCCACACCGAGUGACAUCAACUCGCCCCGGCAUCGAACGCACUCUCUCUGCAAUGGGGACAGUCCUGGACCGGUACAGAAGAACUUGCACAAUCCAAUCGUACAGUCUCUAGAAGACCUGGAAGACCAAAAACGGAAAAAGAAGAAAGAGAAGAUGGGCUUUGGCUCCAUCUCCAGGGUGUUUGCACGGGGGAAGCAGCGCAAGUCCCUCGAUCCCGGUCUCUUCGACGGGACGGCCCCCGACUAUUACAUCGAGGAGGACGCGGACUGGUGACGGCGCCGGAGCCUCUCCCGGCCCUGCACAUGUACAUAUCCCAUAUUCCAUAUCCCACACCCCGUCCCACCUGUGGACGUGUUACCUGUUGUCUUGGGAGCAAUGCAGCCGUGUCGUAACUUCAGUUUUUUUCCUCUUUUUUUCCACCGUUUGAUUUUUUUUGUUUUGUUUUUUUUCUAUCCCGGUAACUCCUUUGUUGUCGCUUCAGUUUGUCAGUUUGGGCUGGGUUUUUUUUUUUUUCUUGUUUUGGGAGGGUUUUUUUGUUCUUUUUUUCUUGUUCUUUUGACAAAACUUGAAACUUGAAGGACUGCUGUGUCUCUGUAAAUAUGAGAAAUAUUGUGCACUUUGUGCUUGUGACGUC